AUGGUGGUUCUAAGCCUUCAACCUGUCCAAUUUACAACGCCUAAACACUUAUCAUCAUGUAAACCGAGUGUUUGUGGUUGUUCCGUCCGAUAUCGGAUUUCGGAGGCAUCAGGAGAGCCAGCUCCAAUGGGGCAAAAAACAAUGUACAAUGAUGGGUUUUUCGGGAGGGGAUUCAUGACUCUUUUUGCUCGAAAAAUGAUGAAGUCUGCAGCUCCGGUGAAUGCCAAAACUGAGACAAAGGAGAAGCCGUGGUGAUAUGACUACGAGAGCUUUGUGGAUGUUUCCAAGAGAGUGAUGCAGGGAAGGUCUCGUAGUCAGCAGCAGAAAGUGGUUCGAGAAGUGCUCUUGUCAAUGCUGCCUCCGGGUGCGCCAGCGCAGUUUAAGAAACUAUUUCCACCAACAAAGUGGGCAGCUGAGUUCAAUGCUGCAUUGACAGUGCCUUUCUUCCACUGGUUGGUUGGGCCUUCUAAGGUUGAAGAACUUGAGAUAAAUGGGGUGAAGCAAAGCAGUGGAGUUCAUAUAAAGAAAUGCAGAUACCUGGAGAACAAUGGGUGUGUAGGAAUGUGUGUGAAUAUGUGCAAGUUUCCUACACUAGAUUUCUUCACCAAUGAAUUUGGACUUUCCUUAACCAUGAUUCCAAAUUUUGAAGAUAGGAGUUGUGAAAUGGUGUAUGGCGAAGUUCCACCGCCGUUUGAAGAGGAUCCAGUCUCUAAAAAGCCAUGUUUCCUGAUUUCCACCAUGCGUUUAUCUGCAGGUUCCAUUGCAAAUCCCAGCUCCAGUGUUUGUCCGAAACUACAAAAUUGA